AUGGCGGCUGUAGUCGCCACCGCCACUGCUACUGCUGCCGCGGCAGCUGCUGCUCCUUUAUCAAAUUUAAAUGCUGAUAGUUCCCUGAGUUCAAUUCCAGGUCUUCUAAUCUGUUGCAUGGGUCAUCAGACCUAUUUUGUGCUGCCACUAAGCUGUUUUCAUUACCAUGGUUCUGUAAUUGAGUUUGAAAUUUGGCUUAUCUUCAAGACCUAUCAACUUGUGUUGGCCUUGGCUUUUGCUAUUGAGGAGAUCAACGAAAACUCUGAACUUUUACAUAACUUGACUCUUGGAUCUGAUAUCUAUAAUAUUUGCUUUGAAGUUUGGGAAGUAUAUAAGAAUCCCUUCAUUUGGCUCUUUGGGAAAUACAAGAUUCCAAACUACUCCUGCAGAAGAGACAGCAAGUCUAUAGCAGCACUAACAGGACCAUUAGGAAUAACAUCUGCCUGCAUUGGGACAUUGCUGGAACUCUACAGAUUUCCACACGUGAAGUUUACCUUUGGGCCUUUUGAUCAGGCCCUAAGUGACCAUAAGAAGUUUCCUACUCUGCAUCAGAUGGCCCCAAAGGACACAUCAAUAGCCACUGCCAUGGUCUCUUUACUGCUUCACUUCAACUGGAACUGGGUGGGACUGUUGACAUCAAAGGAUGAGAAUGAUUCUGAGUCUGACUGUGUAACAUGGGACAAUUGUCUUCAUGAUGCCUCUUUGGAUUGGUUGCCUGGGAAUAUUUUUGACAAGACUGUGUCUGGAGACAGUUAUAAUUUGCACCUUUUUAUAAAGAACAUACAAUUUUACAAUCCUGCUGGAGAUGAAAUGAUUUUGGUUGAGAAAAGAAAAUUAGAACCAGAGUAUGACAUUCUGAACAGUUGGAAUUUUCCAGAAGGUCUUCAACUUACAGUGAAAGUAGGAAAGUUUUCUCCAUAUGCUCUGCAUGGUAAUCAACUCUCUUUAUCUGAAGAUAUGGUAGAGUGGGCCAUACGUACUAUGGAGACUCCUCACUCUCCCUGCAGUGAGAGUUGUGGUCCUGGAUUCAGGACAUCUCUUCAAGAGGAAAAGGCUGCUUGUUUUUUUGAUUGUAAUCUUUGCCCAGAGAAUGAGAUUGCUAAUGGAACAGAUAUGAACCAGUGUGUGAAGUGCCCAGAUCAUCAGUAUGCUAACACACAGAGAACACAGUGUCUCCUGAGAGCUGCAAGUUUCCUGGAUUUUGGAGACCCCUUGGGCAUGGCUCUGGCCUGCAUGGCUCUUUGCUUCUCUAUGCUCACUGCUGUUGUUCUUGGGAUGUUUGUGAAACAGCAUGACACUGCCAUUGUCAAGGCCAAUAACAGGGCUCUCAGCUACAUCCUACUCAUCUCUCUUAUCUUCUGUUCCUUGCUGUUUCUUGGCCGACCCAACACAGUCACCUGCAUCCUGCAGCAAACUGCCUUUGGAAUUGUGUUCACUGUGGCUAUUUCCACAGUGUUGGCCAAAACAGUGACUGUGGUUCUGGCCUUCAAGGCCACUUCCCCAGGGAGAAGGAUGAGAUGGCUGCUGGUCUCAGGAGCUCCUAACUUCAUCAUCUCCAUCUGCACCCUCAUCCAGGUGACUCUGUGUGGACUCUGGCUGGGAACUUCUCCUCCAUUUGUGGAUACAGAUGCACACUCUGAACAUGGUCACAUCAUCAUCCUAUGCACCAAGGGCUCCCUCACUGCCUUCUGGCUUAUUUUCAAGAACUAUCAGCUUGUGUUGGCCUUGGCUUUUGCUACUGAGGAUAUCAACAAAAGCUCUGAACUUUUACAUAACUUGACUCUGGGAUUUGAUAUCUAUGAUGUUUACUUCGAAGCUUGGGCAGUAUUUAAAAAUUCGUUCAUUUGGAUCUUUGGGAAAUAUAAGAUUCCAAACUACUUCUGUAGAAGAGACAGCAAGUCUAUAGCAGUACUAACAGGACCAUUAGGAAUAACAUCUGCCUGCAUUGGGACAUUGCUGGAACUCUACAGAUUUCCACAGCUUACCUUUGGGCCUUUUGAUCAUGCCCUGAGUGACCAUAACAAGUUUCCUACUCUCUAUCAGAUGUCCCCAAAGGACACAUCAAUGGCCACAGCCAUGGUCUCCUUACUGCUUCACUUCAGCUGGAACUGGGUGGGACUGUUGACUUCACAAGAUGAGAAUGGUGCAUGGAUUCUUGCUGAAUUGAAAGAAGAGAUGGCCAAAAACAGAGUUUGUGUAGCCUAUGAGCUAAUGAUCUCACUCCAAGACACCUCAUAUAUAUUCAAACUCAUGGCAGUUCAUAAUGAGAUAAAUCUAUCUUCAGCAAGUGUCCUCAUCAUAUAUGGUGAUAAAGAUUCACUGAUAGCUUUAAUGAUAUUUAACGAGCAAAUUUUUAUACGUGGCAAAGUUUGUAUUGUGAACUCUCAGUGGGAUUUCACCAUGAAGAGGAGAUAUUUCAUGCUAGGCUCAUUGCAUGUACCUCUUAUUUUUACACACCAUCAUGUGGAAGUAUCUGGAUUCACAGAUUUUGUCAAGGCAGUUAAGCCUUCCAAAUACCCAGAAGACAUUUUUCUUGCGAGGCUGUGGUUUCUGUCUUUUAAUUGCUCAGAUUCUGAGUCUGACUGUGUAACAUGGGACAAUUGUCCUCAUGAUGCCUCUUUGGAUUUGUUACCUGGGCAUAUUUUUGAAAUGACUAUGUCUGGAGACAGUUAUAAUAUAUACAAUGCUGUGUAUGCUGUGGCCCAGGCUCUGCAUGAGAUGUUUCUUCAUCAAAGAGAAGUUCAAACAAUGGGAAAUAGAAAACAAAGAGUGCCUUCCCCAGAACAGCUGCACACUUUUCUGAAGAACAUCCAGUUUUAUAAUCCUACUAGAGACCAAUUGAUUUGGGAUGAGAAAAGAAAACUGGAGCCAGAGUAUGACAUUCUGAACAUCUGGAAUUUUCCAGAGGGCCUUGCACUUGAGGUGAAAGUAGGAAAGUUUUCUCCAUAUGCUCCACAUGGCAACCAAAUGUCUUUAUCUGAAGAUAUGGUAGAGUGGGCCAUUGGAACUACAGAGAGUCCUCAUUCUGUCUGCAGUGAGAGUUGUGGUCCUGGAUUCAGAAAAUCUCCUCAGGAGGAAAAACCUGCCUGUUGCUUUGAUUGUACACCUUGUUCAGAAAAUGAGAUUGCUAAUGGGACAGAUAUGGAGCAAUGUGUGAAGUGUCCAGAUCAUCAGUAUGCCAACACAGAGCGGACUCAUUGCUUCUUGAUAGCUGCAAGUUUCCUGGCAUUUGAAGAUCCCUUGGGCAUAGCUCUGGCUUGUAUGGCUCUUUGCUUCUCCAUGCUAACUGCUGCUGUUCUUGGGGUGUUUGUGAAACAACAAGACACUGCCAUUGUCAAGGCCAAUAACCGGGCUCUCAGCUACAUCUUGCUCAUCUCCCUCAUCUUCUGUUUCCUCUGUUCCUUGCUGUUUCUUGGCCGUCCCAAUGCAGUCACAUGCAUCCUGCAGCAGAUCACAUUUGGAAUUGUGUUCAGUGUGGCUGUUUCUACAGUGUUGGCCAAAACAGUGACUGUGGUUCUGGCCUUCAAGGCCACUUCCCCAGGGAGAAGGAUGAGGUGGCUCCUGGUAUCAGGGGCUCCUAACUUCAUCAUCCCCAUCUGCACCCUCAUCCAGGUGACCCUCUGUGGACUCUGGCUGGGAACCUCUCCUCCCUUUGUGGACACAGAUGCACACUCUGAACAUGGCCAUUUCAUCAUCCUGUGCAACAAGGGCUCCCUCACUGCUUUCUACUGUAUCCUGGGAUAUCUCAGUUCCCUGGCCCUGGCCAGCUUCACUAUGGCUUUUCUGGCCAGGAACUUACCUGAUGCCUUCAAUGAAGCCAAGUUCCUGACCUUCAGCAUGCUGGUGUUCUGCAGUGUGUGGCUCACCUUCUUGCCUGUCUAUCACAGUGCGAAGGGGAAGGUCAUGGUUGCCCUGGAGGUCUUUUCUAUCUUGGCCUCCAGUGCUGGCCUACUGGGAUGCAUUUUUGCUCCAAAGUGUUACACCAUCUUGUUAGUGCCGAAGCGGAAUUCUACAAGGCCUUCAAAGCAGAGCUCACAGCAAUACUCCUCCAACUCUUCAAUGAAAUUGAAAGAGAAAGCU